GCACGACUGCAACAAUGUUCGAAGUCAACAGCAGUGGCAGUUUGAUGGCAAUGUCCUCCGAACCAUUGACGGCAAGAAGUGCUUGGACUACAACUCCGAAACAGGCGAUGCUUUCGUGAAUGCGGACUGCCAUGGAGACAGUAGUCAGCGCUGGCUCUGGACAACAGCAGACCACAGCAAGUGCUUGGAUUACCAGACCUUCAAAGGCAGCCGCGGCAACGUGCAUCUCCUGGAUUGCCACCCCAACGCGACCUACCAGGACUGGUACUUUGACGGCCAUUUGCUUAAGUCGCACUAUGACCACACCUGCCUGGACUACAACUAUGGCAACGGCAAUGUCUACAUGCAGCCUUGCCACGGCGAGACCAACCAGCCAUGGUACUUUGAUGAGUUUGCCCUGAAGACCAUGCACGAUGACGAGCUCUGCUUGGUCCGUGAUUCUAAGGGCAAUGCUGUGAUGGGCAAAUGCCAGGAUCAGCAGUGGCAGUGGGAGGUGAAGGUUCGUGAUCGCAGGCUCAUGAACCGGUACUCAAACAAGUGCUCGGACUACCACCCGGGAAAUGGCCGCGUUUGGAUGCACCCCUGUCACAACGGGGAGAAUCAGAAGUGGUACUCCGAGGGCGAGAACUGUGUUCCUGCUGACGAUAAUGGCACGGAAGAGGUAUGCACUUUCGAGUUGAAGUCCAAGUUCGACAACAAGUGCUUGGACUACUCAGCCACUGACGAGUACGAGGAAGGUGUAUGGUGGGGGCCCCUCUUGAUGCUCGACUGCGACGGCUCUCCUAGUCAACAGUGGUACCUUGUCGGCGAGGAGCUCAAAACGCUCUCCGUCAACGUCUGCCUAGACCACAUCACAUACAAGGACGUCGUCUGGAUGUACGGGUGUCACGGCAAAAAAAACCAGAAGUGGGAAUGGAACUAG